UCACAGCAAUUAAGUUAGGGUUAACUGAGCGCAUGCUGUGUGCCAGGGACUCUGCUGAACGUUUUACCGGCAGGAAUUCAUGAAAUCUUUACUACACACUACGAGGGCCAGCUUCAAUUUGCAGAUGGAGAAAACUAAGGCUCAGACACUCAGCAGAGACUAAAGUCACCCCAUCUGCAUAGGGAGAAUGGAAAGCCAUCUCCCCUGUCCAGAGGCCCAGGCUGUGAUUCUGCCUGAAGCCCUGUGGGUAAGGCCCCACUGGAAGGUGGGAAGGAGCUGGCUGGGGGGUCCAAGCUAGUGAGCCAAUGAAUUCUGUGUAUCCUACAGCAAGCCCGGCCUGCUUCAGUUUCCACACUUGUGAAACCAAGAGGAUGAAAGGCAACAUUUUGUUUCCUCUAAGGAAGACCUGUUAAUGACAAUGGAAAACCCCAAAUGGAGCGUGAGGCUUCAGGUGUCCUGCGCUUGGGGGAGCUCAGUGGAAGGCUGGGGGACUACCUCCCUGCAGAGUUGGGAGUAACCCACAAGCCAGGACCGGCUGCCUGGGAAUUCGGUUAAGCUGGGGAAGCUGCAUUUUAGCAAAUUCGGGGAUUCUGAAGCCUUCCAGUUUAGAACCCACCAAAAAGAUUCCUGAAAGUGGGUGGGGGGAGGGGGGAGUCCUCCCUCAAACACUCCAUACUUACCCUUAAUCACCUCGGACUUGGCUGGCCUGGAUUCAGGGUGAGUGCGGGUUUAAGGACCUACUGUAUGCCAAACACACAUCUAUCACAGCCUUACUCUCAGGGAGCUCAUGGCAAAGUCAACCACAUGGCUGACUGGCAGAGAUGCCCUCAGCCCAGCUGUCCCUUUUGGGAGAACUGGAGCCAAGCUUCUUCUUCCAGGGGUGAACACCCCGAGCUAGGCUGCACAGAUCAGUGAGCAGAGCUGGGGAUGCGUUUCACAUCCACUGGCCCCCUCCGCAGCCAGCCUUGUGCAGGACACAACCUGCACAACCUCACAUAGAGGCCCGUGGGAAGCCAUAGAGAUCCAAGUGGGAGAUGUUGGCAAAAGGAGCCAAUUACUUCUUGCUAGAGACAGGAAUAGAGACAGAAGAAUUCUAUGGAAGAGGCGAGUAUUAAGCUGGAUCUUUAAGAAUGAAUGGGAGUUCACCAGGCAGAAAGGGAGGUCCAGCAGAGGCAACAGCCUUUCCUGGAACAGGGGUAGGGGUGGACUGGGAAGGAGCACGUGCCUUUCCCUUGCUCCCACCGCCAUGCUGGCACAUGUCAAACCAAACGUAGCUUAUCUGCCAACUGUGCCUGAACUGUGAGAUGCUACAGGAUCAGUGUCUUACUCAUCUUCUACCACCCACUGCCUCACCCAAUGCCGAUAAUAGUAACAGUAAUAAUGGUCAAGCCAGGUGCGGUGGCUCAUGCCUGUAAUCCCAGCACUUUGGGAGGCCGAGGCAGGCGAUCACCUGAGGUUGGCAGUUGAAGACCAGCCUGACCAACAUGAUGAAACCCUGUCUCUACUAAAAUACAAAAAUUAACCGGGUGUGGUGGCGGGCGCCUGUAAUCCCAGCUACUCAGGGGCUGAGGCAGGAGAAUCCUGCCUGAUCCAGGAGGAGGAUGCCUAGACCUAGACCUCCUGAUCCAGGAGGCAGAGGCUGCAGUGAGCUGAGAUCGUGCCACUGCACUCCAGCCUGGGCAACAGAGCCAGACUCCGUCUCAAAAAAAAAAAAAAAAAAAAAAGGUCAGCAGGUGGUAAAUAUUGACCAUCACGCAUUAUGCUAAGUGCUCCAGGGCAUUCUCUCAUUUCAUCCUCAAACUUUGGAAACAAGUGCUAUUAUUAAUCCUGUUUUACAGACGAGGAUUCUCGAGAAGAGUUAAGCAACGUGCCUAAAGUCACACAGCUAUUUGGAAUCCAGGCCUCUGUGACCACAGAGCCCUUGUUCUAGACCGAUGAGUGGAUAGAUGGAUGAAUGGAUCUGGGUGGAUAGGUGAGAGGGAAGAACUAAAUGAACUAAAUGAAGGACCAUGAACGCCACACUAGGGAACUUGAAUUCACUCAAUGGCAGUGAGGAGACACUGGAAGCAGGAGAGACAAGUCAGUUUAGGGACUUAGAAAGAUCACUUUGACAACAGGGGAAAGAUCAUUUAGAGCCAAUGAUGCUUGAAACCUGCAGCCAUUUUUCUGGCAAAUCCCAAUUCCCACUUGUGAGGAGCCUCAUUUCUUUAAGCAAUGUGUUAUUUCUCUUAGAGCAAGACAUGUGUUCUUUUGCUCACACAGGGACUAUUGAUGGAGAAGAAAGCUGGAGAGGAGGGGGCUCAAAGACAGGAAGAGGAGACAGAAAGGGGAUACUGCUAAUUUCCAGGGAGAGGCCUCUCUGUACAGGGGAGCAGAGCACCAGGUAGGGAGAAGGCAUAUGGCCCCCUCCCUUAUGUCUAAGAUGAGAAGUUCCCCUCAGGGUUUCCAGCCUGGAAGCUGCAAGCUCCAGGUCCCACACACUGCCCCACUGUGCACCUGCCACCAGGGAAACAGCCAAAGGUGAGGCAGGUGUUGCAUCAGAGUGUUAAGCCCUGGGAUCAAAUGUUAGGGGGCAGCAGUGGAAGAGGUCUGAUCCCUCCUCCUGAGCAGCUCCUAAUAUCAUUGGUCUGUCCAGCCAGGGAGGGAGGGGAGUCACAGAAACUGGCCUGGGGAUCAGUUAAGCUGAAGGAAGCAAUCAGGAACAGCUGGAAGGACCAGAAAACAGGGGGAGUUUCCCCUACCUACACUCAGGGAGCCAAAGAGCAAACCAAAGCCUGCAGGAGGCGUCUUCAGGCUGAGAGUGGCUCCCAGAGGUUCCAGGACAGUGCAGGCUCACCAUGCUGCCUUGCCUUGCCCUGCUUCUCCUGAUGGAGCUGUCCGUGUGCACUGUGGCAGGUGAUGGUGGAGAGGAACAGACACUCAGCACUGAAGCAGAGACCUGGAUAACGGUGGCCUUGGAGGAAGGCGCUGGCCCCAGCAUUCAGCAACAGCUGCAGGAGGUGAAGACGGGCAAGGCAAGCCAGUUCUUUGGGCUGAUGGGGAAGCGAGUGGGAGGAAGACCUCUGAUCCAGCCAAGGAGAAAAAAGGCGUGUCAGCUGCAACACAUGUGUCAGCUGCCCCCUCCUGGGCAAGAGAAGCCUGUCCACAGAAGGCAGAGAGGAUGAGGCCCAAGGUUCAGAGUAAAAGCCCCCACCAAAGACUUCCCAGAGGACACGGUGCCACUUCUUCCUACCUGGAUGUCACAGCUGACAAGCCGGCAGGCCAACUCUCUUCUCUGUGUCUCGUGUCCUCAUCGCUGGCACUUCACACAAGGCCCACACUGAACCCACUGGGCUUCUUCCUGGACUCUCCGUGUCAGGCAGCAGUCCUGCAUAAAUGCACAACUUCGCCGUUGCAAGCUGCAUUGACUCUGCCCUCCCUGACACUCAGAGCUGGCAUCUCACUGCACAGCAGUGAGGAGACUCGCACACUCUGUAUCCUGUGCCUAGCACACAGUAGGUGCUCAAUAAAUGAGUGACCAGUGAA